UAUGGCCGAAACUUAAAAGCGAACAGCUUAAGAGGAAACACUAGAAAAAGGACCAUUUGGAUUGUUGACAAUUACUGUGAGUCACAACACUCAGGUGUUAAUAGAGCUAAGAAAUAAUAGAAAGCUUUUAGGAAGAGUUAAAGCUUUUGAUAGACAUAUGAAUAUGGUACUUUUAUUAAUAUCUAAUCAAUCAAGAUACUGGAGAAUGUUACUGAAAUGUGGACAGAAAUUCCAAAAGGAAACAAAGGUAAGAAAGCUCACGCUACAAAUAAAGAAAGAUUUAUUCCAAAGAUGUUUUUAAGAGGCGAUUCAGUGAUUUAUAUUUUAAGAAAUCCAAAGUGAU